AUGUCGCUUCGUGAACUAUCAGCCAAAGAGCGAAGGGCUCUAAAAACGAUUGAUUCAGUUCUGUGCUUUGUGGACCAACAUUCAGACAUCGAUCAUCAACAAGUUGAAGUUCGUUUGCAGCUGUUAGAAAGUGCAUACAGUGAGGUUGUGCAAAUGCGAUUGCAGAUAGAACUGUUGCUCGAGGAUGAGGACGUGAAGGAAGUGGUCGACGAAGAUGCAUCGGACACUGAACGUCUCGUCAGUUUGGGCGCAGCAGCACAAAGAAGGGAGGAAGAAAGUGAUGCGAUUUUUUCUAAAGCUGAACUGAAGUACUGCCAGGCCAAAUCAGCAUUAUUGAAAUUCUUGCAUGCAGAAAUCCAGCAUUCAAACACACAACCAUCUCACCCAACUACAUCUGCUGUGGAAUCGAGGGUAAAACUUCCCGAAAUACGGUUGCCAACCUUUUCUGGACGAUUAGAGGAGUGGAUCCCAUUCAGAGAUGCUUUCAAAAGUCUCAUUCAUCAAAGUGAUAAGCUCUCUGAAAUGGAUAAAUUCACGUAUUUAAGGGCCUCGCUUUCAGGAGAAGCCCUUCAAGAAAUUGGAUCGAUUGCCCUAUCUGGAAGUAAUUAUGACGUCGCUUGGAAUGUUCUCGAGGAUCGCUACCAAAAUCACAAGCUCAUAGUCAAGGCACACCUGGACUCGUUAUUUGCGAUUGAGCGAAUGAAAAGGGAAAAUUUCGAAUGUUUGAACCAACUGAUAUCGGAGUUCGAGAAACACCUCCAAAUGCUCGCUAAAAUUGGAGAGGAUAUCGGUGGUUGGAGCACCAUUCUGGUGCAUAUGGUUUGUUCCAGAUUAGAUCCAAUAACGUUGAAACUUUGGGAAACCAAUCAUAACUCCAAAGAAGUCCCCUGUUAUGAUAAUUUGAUUACGUUUCUCAAGAAUCACUGUUCCGUCCUACAAUCCAUUUCAUCAUCUUCAUCUUCUGCACAUCCUGAGAACAAGAAGCCACGCUUCGGAGCGAAUCACGCCACAACUUCAGGACGAUGUAGUUUUUGCGCCGAAUCCUUCCACUCGGCCUUUGUCUGCCGGAAGUUUCAGAAGAUGACGGUUGCCCAAAGAUAUGAAGCUGUAAAAAAGAUUGGUUUGUGUAUGAAUUGCUUAUCAGGUGGUCAUCUAGCACGAAAUUGUACCCGAGGAUUCUGCCGCCAGUGUGGCAGGAGACAUCACACGCUGCUGCAUUCAUCGAAGGAAACGAACAGUGUAAAACCGAAACCCUCCGAUGCGUCGGUGACAGCGAUCAACCGUAACCACCCCGAUAAUCGAUCAACAUCACAACAACAACAACAACCCUUACCCAGGCAACAACAACAACAGACCCAAAUAGUUACAGACCCAAGACCUCCUACCACAUCAACUGCAUUACCAAUUGUCAAUGAAACUUCGCACAGUACUCACCCACUGCAUGCCACAGAUCCUAACCCACUACCACUUACCAUUGCACUUCCCUUACACUCCUCCCACCAAAUUCUUCUAUCAACUGCCUUGGUGAAAGUUUCCGAUUCGACAGGCCGAAGCGUUCUAGCUAGAGCACUGUUGGAUUCCUGCUCCCAAAAUUGCUUUGUCACGUCCAAACUUUGUCGUCAACUCCGCUUGAAAGAAUUCCCCGAAAUUUUGAAUCUGCAUGGAAUUGGAGGCACCUCAGGCUGUUCCAGAAAAGCUGUCCGUGCAAAGGUUGCACCUCGUAUCGAUCGGAUUUCUAGCUUUUUGGAAGAGAUCCACUUCAACGUUCUACCAUGUUUGACGGUGCAGUUGCCGUCUCAAAGUUUCUCCGUUGGUGAUUGGACCAUUCCAAGGCACAUGACCCUAGCAGAUCCUGAAUUCCAUGAAAGAGGGGAAAUAGAUAUGCUGAUUGGUGCGGAAUAUUAUCUCGACUUAUUACGAACCGGUCAACAUAAAGUCAGCGAAGAUGGGCCUACUAUGCAGGAGACUGUAUUCGGAUGGAUUUUGGCUGGACGCAUUCCGGAAUCAAAAGGUUCAUUAAUUGAUUCAGGCGUUCAGCUAUGUACGAUGUCGGAACUUCAUGAACAGGUCACCAAGUUCUGGGAAUUAGAGACAUGUCGUGUGAAGAGCACCAACUCCGUGGAAGAAUCCUUGUGCGAGGAGCUUUUUCAGCGAGAAACUACUCGAGAUGAAACUGGCAGAUUUAUAGUAUCACUGCCCAAGAAGGAUUUUGUUCUCAGUAAGCUCGGUGACUCCAGAGCCAAUGCCGAAAAACGCUUUUACGGAUUGGAGAAGCGUUUCGUGAACAAUCCAUCGAUCAAGGAGAUGUACCUCAAGUUCAUCCAAGAAUACCAAGAAAUGGGUCACAUGAAGUUGGUUCCAGAUUCCGAAGAAGUGCUGCGUUACUACUUACCCCAUCAUCAUGUCUUGAAGCCAGAAAGUACGACGACGAAAUUACGGGUCGUCUUUGACGCGUCCUGUCCGACAACAACAGGAGUUUCCCUCAAUGAUGGCCUCAUGGUUGGGCCAAUAGUUCAGGACGAUCUGAUCACCAUUGUCACCCGAUUUCGUCUACACAAAAUUGCAAUUGUGGCAGACAUUGCAAAAAUGUACCGCAUGAUCAAUCUUGCGGAAUCCGAUCAACGAUACCAGUGUAUUUUGUGGCGAAAUGAUCCGUUGGAACCUCUCAAGACCUACAAGCUUACGACCGUUACUUACGGUACAGCGAGCGCACCGUUUCUGGCUACUAGGUGCUUACAGAAGCUAGCAGAAGAUGGAGAGCAGAGUCAUCCUUUGGCCGCAAAAAUUCUCAAGAAAGAUUUUUACAUGGAUGACGCAUUGAUCGGUAUUGAUACACCCGAAGAAGGAAAACAGGCAGUGAAGGAGCUUAAUGACCUCUUAUGUUUCGUUGGAUUUGUCCUGCGCAAAUACAAUUCGAAUUGCGAGGAAAUUUUAGCAGAUAUUCCAGCAGAUCUUCUUAGCGACAGAACUGCGCUGGAGUUGGAUUCUUUCUCUACCGUAACUACCCUUGGUCUUAUUUGGGAACCCAGCACCGAUUUGUUUCAUUUCCGUAUACCAACCUGGAGCUCUUCAUCCCGUAUUACAAAACGCAUCGUGCUGUCUGACGCCUCCAAGUUGUUCGAUCCUCUCGGCCUUGUCGGACCUGUGAUAGUACAGGCUAAAAUGUUUAUCCAAAGUUUGUGGCAACUGAAAUGUGGCUGGGACGAUCCUCUGACAGACGAAAUGCAGUUGUUUUGGACGGAAUUCCGCAGAAACCUUUCUUCUCUUGACACCCUUUCGAUCCCUAGAUGGGUGGGAUUUUCUCCAAGUAGCGACGUUGAACUGCAUGGUUUUUGCGAUGCUUCCGAGAAGGCGUAUGGCGCAUGCAUUUAUCUGCGAUGCACUCACGAAGAUGGAUCAGUUUCUGUUAAGCUGUUGGUUUCGAAGUCACGCGUAGCUCCUCUUGAAGAUUUGAAGAGAAAGAAACGGAAACAAUCAAUCCCUAGGCAAGAACUUUCGUCAGCACUCCUCCUAAGCCAUCUCUACGAAAAAUUCUGCAAAAGUACGGCCAUGGACGUUAGAAGCUAUUUCUGGACUGAUUCUACAAUCGUCAAAUGCUGGCUAGCAUCAGUUCCGUCGCGAUGGCAAGCAUUCGUGGCGAAUAGAGUCUCCGAAAUCCAACAUCUGACCAAGAAAGGAGUAUGGAAUCACAUUCCGGGUACGGAAAAUCCUGCUGAUAUAAUAUCCCGAGGAAUGACACCUGUCCAACUGCAAUACCAAAUGUUGUGGUUUGAAGGCCCCAUUUGGUUGAAGCAAAAUCGAAGCACCUGGCCAGUUGAGACAGAGUUUUCGCCCGAUCAAUUCGACAAAGAUACGUUGGAGGAAAAAUCGUCUGUGGUGUUGCCCAUUGAAGUUACUGCUCCGAACGAAAUAUUUUCUCGACUUUCCACCUUUACGCAAACGGUCCGUUUGGUAGCAUGGAUGCGACGAUAUUGUCACAACGCUAAAAAGCAGAAUACGAGAAAAAUCGGUAACAUUUCCUUUGAAGAAUUCCUGGAGGCUUCAAAAGUUUUGGUCAAAUUGUCUCAAACUGAAAGUUUUGGCCAAGAACUCAAGGAUCUGUCUCAUUCCCAAGAAGUGAGAAGCACCUCCAGAAUUGCCAGUCUGAAUCCUCAUUUAGUCGAUGGAAUAAUACGUGUCGGCGGCCGGUUAGCUAACGCACCAGUUUCUGAAAAUCGCAAGCAUCCCAUCAUCCUCGAUCACCAUCAUCCCCUUUCGAUCAUGAUCGUCCAGCACUACCACGAGUUCCUGUAUCACGCCGGACAACAACUCCUGAUUGCCAGUGUCCGCGGGAAGUAUUGGGUUACAAGUCUUCGUGGGUUAGCCCGAAAAACCAUCCAUAGUUGCGUUCAGUGCUUCCGAGUCAAGCCUAAGGUGAUGGAACAACUGAUGGCAGAUUUGCCACCCGAUCGAGUGAACCCUGCACCUCCGUUUCAGAAAGUGGGCGUAGACUAUUGUGGUCCUUUCUUGAUCACCUAUCCUCAUCGUCGAAGUUCCCCCAUGAAAUGCUUUGUGUCGGUUUUUGUGUGCCUCGUUUGCAAGGCUGUCCAUCUGGAGCUAGUCGCGGAUCUUACCACUGGAGCGUUUCUUGGAGCCUUGAAAAGGUUCAUUGGUCGACGUGGUAAACCAACCCUGAUUAUGAGCGACAACGGAAGGAACUUUGUCGGGGCCAGACGUGAAAUAGCAGAACUUCAACGACUACUCCGAAGCCAACAAUUUCAAACCGGAGUGAUAUUCGAAACCUGCAAGGAAGGGAUCAACUUCAAAUUCAUUCCCGCUCGAUCUCCCAACUUUGGUGGGCUCUGGGAGGCCGCGGUGAAAUCUUUCAAGACUGCUUUUAAACGAACUGUUGCCUUGAAAGUGCUCCAGUACGACGAAAUGACCACUACUCUAGCCCAAAUAGAAGCAGUGUUAAACUCACGUCCCCUGACCCCGUUGAGCGAUGAUCCCGACGAUUUUGAAGCUCUCACCCCUGGCCACUUCUUAAUUCAACGUGCAUUAACUGCCCUCGAUGAACCUGAUCUAACUGAUACACCAGAAAACCAUCUCACCAUGUGGCAAAGGGCCACAAAAUAUGCUCAGGUUAUAUGGAAGAAGUGGUCGAAAUUGUACCUGUCCGACCUCCACAACAGAACGAGAUGGACUCGAAAGCGAAACAACAUCUCGGUGGGCAGCAUGGUGCUGCUGAUGGACGAGAGGUUACCGUCAUUGAAGUGGCCCCUAGCGCGUGUCACUGAGGUUUUCCAUGGGUCCGAUGGCAACAUUCGAGUGGUCAACGUACGAACGCAGGAAGGGACCUACGGAAGGUCAAUAUCGAAGAUCUGCGUUCUACCGAUUCUGGACAACUUCCAGAAAGCCGAUGGGGAGAAUUAA